AGCUCAGUAAAAAAUGAUAUCAAGAUAUUUUCUCAAGUAAAACUAUUACAACUAAUUAAUUUAAUAAUAAUAAUGAAAAAUUGAAGGAGCAAAGCACUCUGUCACUCUAUCUCUCCAUCUCUUUCUUUCUCCAUUGAUUCAAGCUCUCAUCUUCAAGAGUCCAGACCAGAUACCAUUCCUUCUUUCUCUCCUUCUCUCCCUCUCUCUUUCUCUCUCUCUGUCCUUUUCUUUUUCUUUUCUGGCAUUACUACGAAUAAGAACAUGGUGAAUAGUCCCAGAUCUCGAACGGGUAACAGUGUGCCCUGUGAUUUCUGUAGUGAACAGGUUGCUGUUCUCUUCUGUAGAGCUGACUCUGCUAAGCUAUGUUUGUUCUGCGACCAACACGUUCACUCAGCCAACCUUCUUUCACGUAAGCAUCUCCGAUCUCAGAUCUGUGACAAUUGUGGCUCCGAACCCGUCUCCGUCCGUUGCUCUACCGAGAAUCUUGUCCUUUGCCAUGACUGUGAUUGGGACGCUCACGGAACUUGUUCUGUCUCCCCGGCACACGAACGGAAUUCCGUCGAUGGAUUCUCCGGUUGCCCAUCAGCUCUCGAGCUCGCCUCGGUUUGGGGUUUUCAUCUUGGGGAAAAGAAAUCGGGUCGGCCCGAUUCCACAGUUCAGAAUUACGAGUUGGGUAUGGCUAUGCCUGAGGCUGAGGACACAUCUUGGUCUGGAGUGAAUUUUCAGGACCUUAUUGUUCCGACCGGGAACGGCCUUGUUGGAGAAGAGGGAAAGAAACAGAGGGGAAUGGGUGUUAGCUGCUGCGGGAAGAAGAAGCAGGUGAUGUAUAAGCAGUUGGUGGAGUUGCUUAAGAGGGAUUUGGUGGCCCCUGAAAAUGACGAAUUUGGCGAUGAUGGUUGCGGAGGAGACAACGGUUGUAGUGGUGGUGGUGGUGUUGAGAGCUUAAUGCCGGAGAAUUCAAAUCGGAGUAGUUGGCAACGGAAUGCUGAAGCAGCACUCAGUUUGGGUGAUGGCUGUGAUGCUGUUGAUGAUGUUGCUUUUGCAGCUCAGCCAUCUUCAACUCCAUUCACGUCUCUACUAAUGAUGCCAAUGCACUGUGAAUUGAAAGAAAAUGAUGGCAUUGACGAUGGUGAUUUGGCAAUGUGGGAUACCAACCCCAAUGGUCCAACCACUCAGAUAUGGGAUUUCCAUUCAGGGAGGUUGAGGGUUAAUGAAGAACCAGAAAUUUCAUACGGGGCUAAUGAUGGAGGGUUUAUGAUUAAGAACUUUUGUGAUCUUCUGAAUUGCCCUGUUGCACCAGAUGACAUGACUAUCAAUAAUAGUAGCCAAGGAGCAGCAACCUCGGAGAGCAACAAUCUACCUAUUGGAAAGGGGUCAUCGUCUAGUACUUCAGCUUUGGGUAAGCACAAAAACGAAGAGUGUAGUGCGUCGAGAGAGGUGUAUUUCAUGGAACAACCUUUUCUUGUGAGAAAUGACACUAUGAAAACAGGUGCAACAUCAAAGGAAGAGUUGGAGGUUUUGGCUCACAACAGAGGCAAUGCUAUGCAACGUUACAAGGAAAAGAAGAAAAACAGAAGAUAUGACAAACACAUAAGGUAUGAGUCGAGAAAAGCAAGAGCUGAUACUAGGAAGCGUGUAAAGGGUCGGUUCGUGAAGGCUGCUGAAGCAGCUCCAGACGGCUAAUACGUUGUUAAAAAGACUUGUCUGCUGCGAUGGGCUUCUACUUUUUUCUCUAGUUCCAUGGCUUCUUUUCUUUCUUCUUCUUUUUUCUUUUUGUUUGUAAAUAGAUAAAUUAUCUUCUUCCUCUCUUCUACGGCAAAAUGUAUAAAAUAUUAGGCUUUAUCCUUUUUGUUUUUGUUUUUAGUGAUCUAAUUAAAGAAAUAAGCAGUGGAAAAAUGCUGGUUAGAUCUACUUAUAUAUAUUGAACAAAAGGAGAGAAGAAAGAAAUUAAACCUUAGUUACUGCUAUCUUUUUUUCUUAUGAUAAAUUCUUGACAUCCCAAGAUUUUUCU